CUUUCUUUCUUUCUUUCUAGGCCACAGGAGAAUGCAUGGCGACCAUAGGGAAGAGACGGAAUGUGGAAUUCUCUGUGACAUCCCAGACCUGCCACAUUACUCCAGCCAAGGGCCCUGUGGUGACAUCCCAGUAUGACUGCUAUGGCUGCCUGCACACCAUGAGGACUGUCCCCCAGGACUUCGACCCUGUUCUGAGACAUGCCAUUGAACAUUUUAACAACCACACUGGUCAUUCCCACCUCUUUGCUCUUAAAGAAGUAGAAAGGGCACAGAGACAGGUGGUGUCUGGAUGGAACUAUGAAGUUACUUACUUAAUUCAGCAAACUAAUUGUUCCAAGGAGAAUUUUAAAUUCUUAACCGAAGACUGCAAACCCAUUCCCAAUGGUCAUACCGGUGAAUGUACAGAUCUUGCAUACAUGGAUCCUCAGUUAAGAAUUGCUUCCUUCUCACAGAAGUGUCAGAUUUUACCAGAGGAGGAUUUUCUAUCACCACCUCGCAGUCGUUGCGCUGGCUGCCCCGUAGAGAUACCUGUCAAUAGCUCUAAUCUGAAGGACGCCUUGACUCAUUCCAUUACAAAGCUUAAUGCAGAGAAUAAUGCAACUUUCUAUUUCAAGAUUGACAUUGUGCACAGAGCAACAUCACAGGUGGUGGCUGGAUCAAGAUAUUUUAUUGACUUCACGGCCAGGGAAACCACAUGUUCCAAGGAAAGUAAUAAAGAGUUGACUGAAAGUUGUGAGAUCAAUAAAGUUGGAGAAAUGCUAAGAUGCACUGCUGUUGUUUAUGAGAGACGUUGGGAGAAUAUAAUUAAACCUACUGUCAAAUGUCUAUCACUAGGAAAGAAGCAACUAAGGCCCUGUGUGUACAAGGGCCAACCUCAGGAGGCAGGUGCACAGCCAACAUCUGAGAGUGUGGCCUCUUGACCAGUGGGCAGAAUCUCCACGCCUGGCACAAUAGCCCCAGCACCCUGUCAGCAGCCCUAAAUGGAAAGACAAGAAGAUGGGAUAGAAUGGCAAUAGAGAAGAAUGCCAUUUUAUCUUUCUGUUUCUGGGUGAAAUAAAGUUUGAUCUUAAUGUUCUCA